AUGCAAGCAGAUCAGGAGAGCGUCGGAAAAGUCGUUUCGCAGGUUGGGUUUCAGGAAUCUAUAGCUCCGGUUCCUAAAGACCCCGAGAGAUUCAGACCCAAAAGAGCGGCUGUCUUGAUCUGUAUCUUCGAAGGAGACGACGGGGAGUUACGAGUCAUCCUCACUAAGAGAUCUUCCAGAUUGUCUACUCACUCAGGAGAAGUUUCACUGCCAGGUGGUAAAGCGGAAGAGGAUGAUAAAGAUGAUGGGAUGACUGCAACCAGAGAAGCCGAGGAAGAGAUUGGAUUAGACCCUUCGCUUGUUGAUGUUGUCACUUCUCUUGAACCAUUUCUGUCUAAGCAUCUCCUUAGAGUAAUUCCGGUGAUAGGAAUCUUAAAGGACCGAAAAGCAUUCAAUCCAACACCAAAUCCUGCUGAAGUGGAAGCUGUGUUUGAUGCACCCUUGGAAAUGUUCCUUAAGGAUGAGAACCGGAGAUCUGAAGAGAGAGAGUGGUUGGGCGAAAAGUAUUUGAUCCACUACUUUGACUACAGAACAGGAGAUAAGGAUUAUAUGAUUUGGGGUCUUACUGCCGGGAUCUUGAUCAGAGCUGCAUCUGUGACUUAUGAAAGGCCAGCUGCUUUCAUCGAGCAGUGCCCUAAGUUUAAGUACCCUAAAAUGGUAGAAAAACAUAAUUGUAUGCCUUGA